GUUGGUUGCUAGGGGAUGAGUUGCCAGGCUGCGAUCCUCGCUUUGAACGCUGGGCGUGCGUGUUGGGAGUCUGGAGGUUUCGCGCUCACGGCUCCGUGUCUCCUCUUGGCUGCGUCGCGCCCUCCUAGCCUGCGAUGUUGCCGUGGUGACGGUGGCUGUUUCGUGCGCGGGAGGAGAGCGCAGGGCCGGCCUCGCCGCCACGCACAGCCCGAGGCCUCGGCCUGGCCCGCGAUGGCGAUGAAGAUCCGCAGCAACACCAGGAACAGCCGAGGGACGGCGGAGGAGCGGCAGCGCUGCCCGCCUGCUAGCACCAGGGCCUUGCAGAAGGGGACCAGCCCGCGCCGGGAUAGGCGCAAGGAGUGCACCCCGCCCAAGGCCAAGCCCGGGGUUUUGGGGGCUUCUGGCAAGUGGGUGUCCGGCAUUGGGGGGCAUCUCUGCCUCGACGAGUCGGCGCUCAGUAGCCUGGGGACCACCAUCCUGCUCGCAAUCAUUGCGGGAAUUUUGCAUUGGUACCAUAUAGCUAGUCUCUUUGAAAAUAAUCGACAUUUCUCUCACCUUUCAACAUUAGAACGUGAAAUGGCCUUUCGUACUGAAAUGGGCUUGUAUUAUUCAUUCUUUAAAACCAUUAUUGAGGCACCCUCAUAUAAUGAAGGCUUAACUUGCAUAAUGAACGAUCGCUUGACUGAAUAUCCUUUGGUUAUCAACACCUUGAAGCGGUUCAACCUUUAUCCAGAGGUAGUGCUGUCUAGCUGGUACCGCAUUUACCUUGCCGUUGCAGAUUUUCUUGGCAUUUCGACCAAAAUUUGUUGGCGUGUGGACCGAGGUCAUGGCUUCACUCCUGUGGAUAGCUGCGAAGGAAUGGGAGACCCUGCCCAUUUUUAUGUCACGUUUGUUUUUUUGCUAAAUGGGUUUAUGAUGUCACUAUUUUUCAUUUAUGGAACAUACUUGAGUAGGAGCAGGCUUGGUGGCGUGAUCACUGUUGCUUGCUUUUUUUUCAAUCAUGGUGAGUGCACAAGAGUCAUGUGGACCCCUCCUCUCCGUGAGAGCUUCUCUUACCCCUUCCUAAUUUUGCAGAUGCUGCUUUUAACCCGCAUACUAAGAAGCCACUCAGUAGAGAAGAAGACAUUGGCUGCAUUUUGUAUUGCAAAUAUCUUUUUCCUGCUUCCAUGGCAGUUUGCUCAGUUUGUGCUGCUCACACAGGUCGCAUCACUGUUUGCAACGUAUGUUUUGGGUUUUAUUGAUGCCCGUAAGCUGCUGAACAUUAUAUAUGCUCACAUGAUUUCCCUAGUGGUUUGCUUUAUGCUGAUGUUUGGAAAUGCCAUGCUGUUAAGCUCCUAUUAUGCUGCCUCUCUGGCUGUUGUUUACGGAAUGGUUACCUUCAAAUCAAAUAUUUCACAAUGUUGGCCACGGAAUGUUCUGGGUUCAUGGACAGUUAAAGGAUUCACCUGGAUUGCUGGAACCAUAAUCCUGAAAUUUGUGGCUUCUAAAUUAUUAGGAGUUACAGAUGAUGCACACAUAAGUAAUCUACUAAAAUCUAAGUUUACCAACUACAAAGACUUUGACACCUUGAUGUAUACGUGUGCUGUGGAGUUUGAUUUCAUGGAGUUAGAGACUCCCUUGAGAUAUACAAAAACUCUGCUCCUCCCGGUGACUGUCUGCGUUUUUGCAGUUAUUGUUGCAAAGGUGGAUAGGAUGGGAUCUCAAAACUCACCCUCCACCGUACAACACGUUCAUUGUACUCCCAUCCUAAGAUUGCCUGACCGAUUCUGCAAAACUCGAAUAGAGACUUUGAAGGAGCUGGUCUGUUUGUUAAAAGAAAGAAAUUCGCAAAACAUAGAGUGGAAGACUUCAGUUCAUGGAGAGAUGGUCUAUCACGUUUUCCAAUUGUUGGCGUUUGUCCUACUGGGUGUUCUCAUCAUGAGGCUCAAACUUUUCCUCACACCUCACAUGUGUCUCAUGGCGUCUCUGAUUUCUUCCAGACAGUUUUUUUGGUGGAUCAAGAAUAAAUCCCAUCACCGGAUAUUUGUGUGUGUGAUGCUGGCGGCGAUGGCUUUGCAGGGAGCCUUCAACCUGAGGGAGCAGUGGAGCAUCAUUGGAGAGUUCAGCAACUUCCCCCAGGAGGAGUUAUUGGAGUGGAUUAAAGAAAACACCAGGACGGAUGCUGUGUUUGCUGGAGCCAUGCCCACAAUGGCAAGCAUCAAAUUAUCAACAGGGCGUGCUAUCGUAAACCACCCGCACUAUGAAGAUGCAGGUUUGAGGGCAAGAACAAAACUGGUGUACGCGAUGUACAGUCGGAAGUCGGCAGAGGAGGUGAAGAAGGCUGGGCUCCUUAGCCUGGGAGUAGACUACUUUAUUUUUGAAGAGUCCUGGUGUUUGAGGAAAACGAGAGAGGGCUGCAGUAUGCCAGAAAUUUGGGAUGUGGAAGAUGCAGAGAAUGCAAUGAAAACACCUUUGUGCUCAGUGAUUUCCAAAUCACCGGCUCCACACUUCACUCCUGUGUUUCACAAUGAUGUUUACAAAAUCUUAAAGAUGAAGAAAAGUCUCAGCUGGACAUAAAAGUCAGUGGAUGGACAGGUGUGGUUAAACAUUUCUGUGCUGAUAAGGUCGCCCAAAUUUCUUGUAUAUGGCAACUGGAGGUGUGAAUGAAGCUGAAAUCAAAUGUAGAAAUAUGAUCUUUGUAAUUGUUCCUUUAUAAGCAGUAUUUUCAUGUCUUUAUGGAGUUAAUGCAUAUGUGAUUAUUUUCAAUAAAGAUUUUGUGAGUAAA